GUGCCCUAUUUAAAAGCUACAGUGUUUCCUUCAUUUCCCUCAAUCCCUCCCGUGUUCUCCUUCCUCUGCCUGAGUAGAAGAACCACAAGACAACUUAGGAAUACAAGCCUUGGCAGUGGUGGAGAAGGAGUCAAACUUGAGGAUUGAGGGGGGGAUUCUUGCUUUUUGAGGCUAGCUUUGAGGUCAGGAGUGACGUUUGCCUCGAGAGCGCAACUUAGUGUUUGAUUCUCCAAUUGUUAUUUUGUCUGGAUAGAUUAGAUCCAUGAGUUUAGAUGUGAUCCCUCAAGACACUUAGAUUAUUAUAUUAUUACUAUUUUUGAGGUGGUUGUAAACCUAUUUACUGUAGACAUUUGCUACCUUUCUUCUCAGUAGCUAAUACUUGAGUUUUGUAUCAUGCUCUAGACAAGUUGGGCUUGUAGAGCUAUGUUUUGGAACAUAUUAACUUUAAGUGUAAGCCUUGCACUUAUCUGUGAGUUGAUAGGUGUGGCGGUAACACUCCCUACUUAUAGGAAGUUGAAUCUUAGCUUAGUUGAAUGGAACUUUAUGAAUAUUAUAUCGUUUAAGUGCAUAAUUUCCAUAAGUUUGGUGAUGGUUUUUGGGGGUGUUACAGCCGGGGUCAAGGUCAUUAAGACACUUGACACCCAUCCAACUUACGACAGUGGAUAACUAUAAAGGGAAGCAGCUUUCCGUUGGCCGUCAUUUCGACGACAACAUUUUAAGAGAAUUCGGUUGUUUGGACGAAGUAAACGGGCUUCUCAGGCACCCACAGCUCCGCUAUCUAUUUGAGUGGAGAGGACCCACCUAUGCGCCUGUUACUUAUGAAUUCUUGGCGACCUUGGAAAUUCGAAAGGAGGUCAACAAUGCAAGAGAAUCCAUUUCGUUCACUCUAUUCGGCAACCACUACAGUAUGUUUGUCAACACUUUGGGUGUUACGCUCGGAUUCCAUGAUGCCAUGAGCGUGUCCAUGCCAUAUUUCAGAGACUUUAAGGAGGAUUUUGAUUCAGACGCAGUUGCUAGGCAAUAUUGGAGAAGCAUCACCAACAAUGCCCCAUACAACUCUUCAAACUUAAAGGCAAACCUCAUCACCCGCAAUGCUCUAAAGGCUAUCAGAUUAGCCUUUGUUAUAAAUCUCUCCGGCAGAACUGCAAAUCGCAACAAGGUAUACAAGCAGGAUUUGUUUUACAUGUGGUGUAUGGAGAAUGAGGUUGGCAUCAACAUGGGCGUUCAAGCUAGAAAGUGGCUCCAGACCCAGCAAAAGCCUAAGGUUCAGACUGUGUUUAUCGGUCCUUUCGUUACUAGACUGUGCUUCGGGUUGGGCCUAUUGGACCGGUUGAUGGGAGAAAGAGUUGAAGGUUGCACAAUUUCUUUCUCCGUGGGUGAGUUCUUUGCCGCAGAAUUAAAGCUUGGAGAUAAUGAUGCACCUGAUCUAGAAGCUUCUGAUGAUGAUGAUGAGGACGAGGAAGAGAAUGAGGAGGAAGAUGCUGCACAGGAGCAAGGCCCUAUUCCAAUGGAUUGGGACACGACGCAGAACUUUCAUAGGCAUCUCCAUGAUGAACAGAUGAACUACUGGCGUGAGCAGCAUACAUGGCAAGAAGGCCACUUCACAUCCAUCUCCGCGAGACAGGAUGUCCACACCGAAGACCUUAACCGCAUGAGAAGGGCGGUGGAGGAAAAUGAUAGGAGAAUUGCUGCGCUCGAAGCUAGAUUUGAUAGGCAAUUCCAGCCCUUCUGUGAUGACUGAUGCCUUCCUGACCUAUUGACAUUUGAUACUGAGUUCCUUGACAGUGGUUACUAUGGUUGAUAGCCCCAUCUGAACAUUAAGAUCCCUACGCGCGGGGUUCCGACUUUUAUUUCAUUUAUUUCUUUACUUUGCUUUACUUAUCUUUAUUGCUUUAUAUUAUUUACUUUGCAACUGCUUUACUUAUCGCAUUUCUAUUCGAAUAAUUCUGCUUAAUUACAUGCAUUAUUAUCUAUGUUUCCGCUUUUAUAUUUCUAUCAGCUUAUAAUAAUUAAAUAGUACUCCGAAAA